UCCUCCCUCCACCUUCAAUUCCAACAUCUCUCUCUCUCUCUCUCUCUCUCUCUCUCUCUCUCUCAUGGCUGUUCGAGACAUUCCUCCCCCCUUCAGUUCACCUCCACUGCCACUUCCUCCUCCUCAUCCUUCCUCCCCUCAAAACCAUCCUCUCUCUCUUGGCCAUCUCUUUGCACUAUCCAUUGUAUGCUUAGUUCUCCUUAUAAUAAUCUGUACAAUCAUCAGAAAGAGCCUGUCACAUUCUAACAACUCUGCUACAGAGCCUGCUCCCCAUAUCCGCAUCCCCGCAGAUACCGGCACUCGUACCGGUCUUUCCCAACAAGUCAUAAAUUCCAUCUCUAAGUUCAAUUACAAGAAAGGUGAUGGUCUCAUCCAAGCAACCGAGUGUUCGGUCUGUUUGAGUGAGUUUCGCAACAACGAUCCUCUUAAACUGCUGCCCAACUGCCGCCAUGCGUUUCAUUGCCACUGCAUUGAUCCAUGGUUGAAAUCAAAUUUGAGUUGCCCGGUUUGCCGCACACGUAUAGUGUCUGCUGAACAUGGGGGCUCUUCAUCAACGGACCCAAAUUAUCGUAGCGGUGGGGUUGUGAGCGAUCAGAGCUUUGUACCUGUGGAUGUUGGGGAUUUGGACGCCGAGGAUAGAAGGAUGGAUAUCGAAGCUGUUAAGAGUCGUUCUCCUUCUCCUUAAGUGAAUGACGGGUUUCCGCUUCAGACCAAUUUGGCUGAUAACCAUCGAUCCGAUUCUGAAGGAAGUUCGUUCGACAUCUACAGCAUCCCGAUCAAGAAAAUCCACGCACCGUCAAAAUCAAAGCAUUUGGAAACUGAUAGGUAGUUGUUCUGAAGGGCCUGCGCUUGCAUACGCAUCCUCUUCUGAUGUAAAUUUCUUUUUCAAGUGUCAGCAAGUUCUGUUCUGAUGUAAAUAUCUUUUUCAAGUGUUAGCAAGUUCUUUUCAUCAAAA